GGCUAAAAUCGAGUAAAGGCGGAAGUCUACAGUAUGAGGGGAUUCCCCGAGGGAAGUUCCCAACUCAACUAGGCUAUGUAAAACAUACAUUGCCAUAUCCUCUCCAGCGCUUGGUAACUUUGCAUCUCAAGAUUAGGCGACGACGCUGCGCUAGUGUCAAAACAAUAAAUUCGACUUCAACAGUUACUCGAAUGAAGUUUCACUCGUAGGGCUCAUGUGUGCUGUGUCAGUGAUGAUUGUGGAGCACAAGGCAUGGAAAGGAACAUCGGAGACCAGCUCAAUAAAGCAUUUGAAGCUUAUCGUCAGGUCUCCAUUGAAAAGGACAUUGCUAAAAAGGAGCUGCAGAAAGUGACUGAGUAUUAUGAGCAAUACACUCGAGACCUUCAAAAGCAGAUAGAAGAUCAACAGCAACUGAUUUCAGAACUUGAAGCAAAGUUGUCAGCAACAAGGCAACCAUCAGGAGAAAUGAAAUGCGAGCCAUGUAGUCAUCUUCUUGACGGGGCCAGCACUUAUAGGAAAUUACAGUACCCGGAGAAUAUGGGCUCUGUUGCCGUUGCUCCUAAUAUGCCAGUCAACAGCAGCGUUGACUAUCAGGAAAUGCGGGAAGCAUUUGAAGCCAUUGAAGGGAAAUUUCGACAGAUCCGGUCUUUAACCAAAAGACAAAAAGAUUACUUAAAAAGAUUCCAUGGAGGAAGUGAUACAUCAAAUGAUCAGCGGUUCUCCAUGCCCAUCCAAUGCACAGACCGUACCGCAGAUUCAGAGGGACCCUUUUCCUCAGCUCUAAGGACACCAGUGGAUAUCUCUCCCAUGUCUACCUCUCUGGCGUCCCGUGGCGCCAGCCAGGAGGACAAGGACUUGGUGGAAUCUCUCACCAAACUGAGCGUCAAAUUCCCGCCCUCUGCGGACAGUGAAUAUGACUUCCUGAACAGUGCUCCAGAUAGACAGAUUGGUCUGCCCAUGGCUGUCCCGCGACCUCUCAGUAAUGUCUCCUCCACAGUGACAGAGAAGGAGUCCGUGCCUUUUGUCUACCCUAACUCCCCCUCCCACACAACAUCAUCUACACUCUCCCAGGAGAGCGUGCGGGGACCCCAGCAGUCUGUCUGGAUACCGGAUCUGUGUGAUGCAGCUGCUGUGGGGACAGAGCUGGAGACACCUCAGAGCAGCACUCCUGAAUGUGCUUUCUGCAAUGCUGUGGUUCCUCCAGACCAAAUGAACAGCCACCUGUACUUGCAUUUCUCUCAUAAGAAUGAAGCAGACAAGUGACAGUAGAAGCAGAGACUGAUGGGGAGAAGCCACAACAAUUUCAAGACUUUACUGUUUUCAUGGUGUAGCCGUGCCUGCCAUGAAGUACAAGCGCUGUACUGGACUUCAAAUGACACUGCAAUAAGACUUGAAUUCAUUUAUUUAAUACUGAAGAAUUAAAUGGUACAUUUCUUUGCCCAUUAUAUUUUUCUAAAAUCCCAUUGAGAUUUUACAGUGAUGCGUAUGGUAUAUGUGAGCAAAUAAACACAUUUAGACUCGUAACAUUUUUUAUUACUUGAUUUGUUUUCAACUUGCAAAUAUAUAAUACAGUAUUAGUAUCUAAUAUAUAGAUUGGUAUAUGCAUCCAUACAUAACACAGAGUGUGUAUGAUAUUACUUCCUAUUAUAUCUUUAGCACGUAUAUACAUUUUUAUUUUAAAAAUAAUGAACUUUCAAAGAUUUAUCACAUUUCUAAAGCUAUAAUAUUUCAUACACACACAAACACACACACACACUUUUUUUUUCUGAAACAAGACACCCCUCUCACUUUUAUGGUGGGUUUUGGAUCUCAAGGAAUAAUAAUAUAUUAUGUAUUUAGAAAUGCCCAUCAUAUGUAUUAAAUUAAUCAAACAUAAAUUAUUUCUGGAAUGAUUAACACAGUAAUUCUUGUCAUUCCUCCCCAUUUUACACUUAAGCCAGAAUAAUAUGAAGCAGCUGUUUAUCUCGGUGUAGAAACAUUUCCAACUUUCAGAUACUUUUAUAACCAUAUGUUCAUUAAGAUUGUCCACAGAGAUACUCUCGCUCAUUAGAUGGCAAAUUACCCUGCUAUCAGCAUACUUAUUGUUUUAUCACAGGCAAUAUUUAACUGUUUAUAUGGGCGCAUUUAUUUUAAUGAUUAUAGGAACAUGAUAUGAGUCUUCUUUCAUUUCAACUGUGCUAUUCAAAGUAAUAAAGUGACUGAAGAUG